AUGGCAUAUUCACAAGAUUUAUUAAACGCAUAUCGAGCAAUCAGCGUUAUCACGUUAGCUUUAUCUCUCUAUGGGAGUAUCCAUUAUGCCCAUAACCGGUUUGAACCCGAAACUCCAUUCACGUCCUAUUACAUUUUGUUAGUUCUUUUUUGGGUUCUUAUGUACAUCAGACAAUUCGGCUUAACCAUUGCAACAUUCAUUGUCAAUGAGACUCGUCUUGAAACGAUCAUUGCAGUAGGAUGGCAUUUCCCAGUCUUUAACACUUUGCAUUAUCUUUGGGCUGAAUCAUUUAUUAAUCAGUAUUAUAUACUUGCUGAAUUAUUCCUUGUAUUCAAUUUAUUUAAUUUGAUAAGAAUGUAUUCCAGACAUAAGACUUACACCCAUGCUCCUUUGACCGACGGGUACUUUCUUCAUUUCACCAUUGCUUCAAUUCCAUUAUCUUGGGUCAUAUAUGCCUUAUUCUGGAAUGGGGAUGUUAUGUUUCAUCUUGAAGACAAAUUAUGGGCCAGAAUCCUUGCCAAUGUUUUUAUUUGGGUCUUCUUCGUAUAUGGAUUAGCUGUGCUUUAUUGGUUUAGAGAUUUUUCAGCUGCUGGAAGUACUGCUUAUUUUAUGUUGGCAGUUGGGAUAAGACAAGUAGACACAAAGUUAUUUGGCCUUCAAUGGAUAUUUGCUUUUGUUAUCUUCGGAGUUUUAUUAUGCUUGAGUGUAUUCGUGUUGAUUAGGCGUUGGGGUGAACGCUCCGAGCCUGAAAGAGAUCCAUUGUUGGGAGGCGGAGGUGUUUAG